AUGAAUACGCAACGGAGGACAUUCCGUGGCCGAGGAGGUCCUACCGAUGGUCGACUUCCAAAGCACAAUGCUAGGCGAGCCAAACGUCCAAAGCAACCGAGAGAGUCUCCCAAGUAUAGCGACACUGACACUGACAAUAGGGAGGAGGACGAAGAGUACAUUAUCGGUGCGACAAUAGUUUCUGGGGCGGAAGAAGACGAAAAUGAGUUUCAAUUGAAAAUAGUAGAUCCGUCGAAUAUCCAAUGCACCGAAUCAUCAAAUGAGAACGUGCUCCAACAAUCGCAGAGCGUCGCAGCUACUGAAAACGAGUCGGAGGUGCCCCACGCAACAAACACACCAGAGAGGAAUAACGUGGUACCAAGUGAUGCCAUUGUGGAUCCGACCAUCAUCAGUCGUUGCCAAAAGGAACUGAAACAUUUGCAACGCAGAAUCAAGAAUGUUCGUGAAUCUAUGCAGCUGUCUCAGUUAAUUGCCGAUCCCAAGAAGUACGAAGAGAACAUUUUGAACGCUGUGGCCAAUUGUGUCAAUGAAUGGCGCCAAAUCAAGAAACACUACAGCUCUAAUGAUACCAAAGACAACGACGAGGAGGAGCUGUCGGAAGAAAACAUCAAAGAGGUAUCGCUCAAUGUGUUUCAACUUAUUCAGCACUCUAUACAAUGUGGACCGUUGCAAGGAGGGAAACCAGGAUACUUCAAGCGUUGUGGCACUCAAGUGGCCAAGGUGGUCUUGAACUAUCUACUUGUUAUCGUUCCUGGCCAAGAGGCCUCUCUAGCUCUUGGCUUUAGCGAGAAGCAAGUCAAUGCUCUGGAAUCAUGGAAGUCAAAUGCUGCAAAGGCGGUAGCAAACGACAAACCACCAUCCAAGUCUCAACUAAAGAAACAAGCCGAAGCGGGCAAGACAAUGAAGAAAUCGAAGAAGAAGAAAUGA